UGAGUCCACGUCAAUCAGAACCACAAAUGGACGAUGAGAACAACAAAGUAUCGAGUCAGUUUUCUCAACUUUGAACUCUUUUACCCAUCAUCUCUGCGAACCUAAGAAUUACAUAUGUCAAGGGAUGCCAUAUUUUCGAGAAGUGAAACUUAAAGAUAUGUCUUCUGAGGAAACAUCGCUUCUGAAAAGUGACGAGCAAACACACUAUUAUGAUGGGAGSGAAAGGCGAAAAAGUACAGUGUCUGAAAUGUCGGAAACAUCAGAAUAUAUGCAGAGUACGCUUAGUCAUACGGCUGCAGGAAGAGAAAGUUUACAAAAGAUUUUGGCAAAAUACGAGAGCUUAGAUUAUGAUAUUCCAGAGAAUGAACUGUAUCUCAAAGAAAAGAAGUCUUACAGAGCAAAGGAUAUAGUGAGCACAAAUGUAAAUCGAUGGGUUGUCAUGUUUGUGAUAGGUGUUCUUACUGCAUUAAUUGCUUGUGCAAUUGAUAUUUGCAUAUCGAAGAUGUCAUCAUGGAAGUACUCUGUUGUCAGAGAUUAUGUCAAUCGUUGUAAGAAGGAGAAUUGUAUGGUAGUACCCUAUACAUUAUGGUUAGCUAUCGAUGUCUCAUUUGUGUUUAUUGCUGUUGUACUAGUCGCUUACAUGGAGCCUGUUGCUGCUGGUAGCGGUAUUCCACAAAUAAAGUGUUUUCUAAAUGGAGUUAAAGUCCCACAUGUUGUCAGGUUUAAGACAUUGUUUGCUAAAGURGUUGGAGUGGUAUUUUCAGUGUCUGGUGGUCURUCCUGUGGUAAAGAAGGCCCAAUGAUCCAUGCUGGKGCUGUAAUAGCUGCAGGAGUAUCCCAAGGACGUUCAACCACUUUCAAUAAAGACUUCAAAAUAUUUGAACGCUUUAGAACUGACCAUGAGAAAAGAGACUUUGUCUCAGGUGGCGCUGCUGCUGGUGUUGCGGCAGCAUUUGGUGCACCGAUUGGAGGUGUGCUGUUCAGCUUGGAAGAAGGUGCAAGCUUUUGGAACCAGUCAUUAACUUGGCGUAUGUUUUUUGCUUCAAUGAUAUCAACGUUCACUCUCAACCUUGUGCUAUCAAUCUAUAAAGGAAAUCCAGGAGAUUUAUCCAACCCUGGACUGAUUAACUUUGGAACAUUUGAGGGCAAUCCUUAUUAUGGAUAUGAAUUAAUAUUAUUCAUGAUCAUGGGUGUGAUUGGUGGGCUGCUUGGUGCRCUAUUUAAUGCCAUUAAUCAUUCUUUAAGUCUGUUUAGGAUGAGAUUCAUCAAGAAAAACUGGAUGCGAGUCAUUGAAGCAUGUAUAGUAGCUGUGAUGACGGUAUCCUCGGCAUUUGUGCUAAUCUAUUUCCAGAAGGACUGUAGACCUUUAGGCACAGCAAACAUUACCGACCCUUUAAAGUUUUUCUGUAAAGACGGCGAAUUUAGUGUCGUUGGUACAUUAGUGUUUAGUACUCCUGAGGACUCCAUAAAAAACUUAUUUCAUUUAUCAGAAGAGUCUUACACCUUUUCCUCCCUGGCGUUAUUCUUCCCAGUGUACUUUCUUCUGGCCACAUGGACCUACGGGUUGUACGUCCCCAGUGGUUUGUUCGUACCUUGUAUCCURAUUGGRGCGUCMUGGGGGCGUCUGUUUGGACAGGUUUUGCAUAAAUUUUUCCCGCAUGGUCUCUGGGUCGAUUCKGGACGRUAUGCUUUGAUUGGUGCGGCUGCGACUUUAGGUGGUGUUGUACGCAUGACCCUCAGCCUGACUGUCAUUCUAAUGGAGGCGACAGGAAAUAUAACGUACGGCAUGCCAAUGAUGUUAGUGUUAAUGACGGCAAAGUUUGUAGGUGACUUCUUCAAUGAGGGUAUAUACGACAUGCAUAUCAAGCUACAAGGUGUCCCGUUAUUAGGUUGGGAACCGCCUACCAUGGCAACGAACGUCGCUGCUAAGGAUAUCAUGAAUACUCCAGUAAUUUGUUUCCAAACGAGAGAAAAGGUUGGAAGAAUCGUCGAUGUCCUGAAGGACAGCUCAUCGUACCAUAACGGGUUCCCUGUGGUAGAAUACUCAACGAGUAGUGCUAGUAAUAAUGGACCGUCUACGUUUGGUGUGUUCAAAGGGAUAAUUCUGCGAACUCAACUGAUCAUCUUACUCAAGCAUAAGGUUUUCACAGAGGAAAACACACCAGUCGUGAGACACGGUUURAAGCUGAAACACUUCCGGGAUGCUUACCCUCGAUUUCCUUCGAUUAAAAGAAUAAGCAUUUCACCUCAUGAGAGAGAAUGUUUCCUUGAUUUGGCGCCAUUCAUGAACCCAGCUCCCUACACGGUCCAUGAGAAUUCUUCGUUGUCUCGAGUUUUCCAGUUAUUUAGAGCUUUGGGGCUGCGACAUAUUGUUGUAGUCGACCAACACAAUGAGGUUACUGGCAUCGUUACCAGGAAAGAUCUGGCGCGCUACCGGAUGUGGACGCACCGAGGACAGACUGGGCUGGAGGUUGUUCACGUCUUGGAAUCGUCUGACUUGCACUCGUAGUAAGGUGACAUGGUGACGUAUAUUGAUCGACACGUGACCAAUCAACCAAAACCAUGACGUAAUGAUAUGAUGAUGACGUCAUUUUGACUUAGGUUUGAGAAAACACCUUAAAAAAGGGAUAACAAAUGCGCAAAUUAUGAGAACUAUAUUACUGAUUUGGACAGACCGAGGACAGACUGGGCUCGACAUGGUGACUUAUAUUGAUCGACGCGUGACCAAUCAACCACAACCAUGACGUAAUGACUUGAUAGUGACGUCAUUUUGGCUUUCUUGCUUGAAAUAAUUUCCAAUGCUCAAAGUUUCGGGGAAAUUGUGUCUUCAAAAAGGACAAAUUCCUAUGAAAUUGCUUGCCUACUCCACUGUUUACCCAUAUGGCCAACCGUGGACAGAUAUUGGCUCGAUAUUGUACAAGUUGCACACGAUCAAGCAUUUUGAUAAUUAACAAUCGAUAAAUGAAUUUACAUUGACGUCAUUUGGGUUUUCAUGCYUCAGUUACUAUUCCAAUCUUCAAAGAUUUCAGCGGAAAAAAUGGAUAAACAAAAAAAUAAUGUGCUACGAUAAAUUAUCGAUUCCGCAUACAGAAGAAAAUUUAUCUCCGGAUUUUUGGAUGCGCGAACAAAGAGUCGUGAAUUUUGCUUGUCGUUUUUCGCUUAUUUUUGGUAAAGCUUUUCCGUGAUAAUCUGGACCCAGGGGAAUCGUCAACAGGAUGCAUACCGACCAUACAGAACGUAUAGUGAAAAAGAUAUUCUUUAUUUUGAACUUUCCCAAUCACGCUAGGGCCAGUUGCAUUUAAAAUAAAAAAAAAUGCUUGUAUUUAAUACUGAUUUAUUUGAAUAAAUCAGUCUUUAUUGGGUAUUAAAACAGUGGAAAUACACGC